AUGUCCGAAAUCAACACCAACCAUACUAAUUUUACCACCGUAAUUCAGAACGGCACCUUAGAGGAACAAGCAACCCUUUUUGCUAUCGACUUCACUAUCGCAGGAAUAAUUGUGAUGGUGGCCACCUACAUGCAGGUUGCUUUCUUUUCACUGGCGGCCGGACGACAGAUAAAACGCAUUCGUAAACACUUUUUUCACAGUAUCAUGCGACAGGACAUUGGUUGGUUUGAUGUCAACGAUACGGCAACGCUAAACACUUGUCUCGUUGACAAUAUCCAUAAGAUCCAAGAGGGCAUUGGAGACAAGAUGGGGAUGCUGAGCCAGUCUUUUUCCACCUUCAUACUAUCUCUUGUUAUUGGUUUCAGCAAAGGAUGGAAACUGAGUCUGGUCAUCUUGGCCGCCUGCCCCUUACUGGGCUUGUCAGUCGCACUUUUUUCAAAGGUAAUCGCAUCUUUUACUUCUAAAGAACAGGCUGCUUAUGCCAAAGCAGGUGCAGUGGCAGAAGAGGUGCUUUCUUCCAUCAGGACUGUGUUUGCCUUCAAUGGGCAGCAGAGAGAGAUCAAGAGAUAUCAUGAGAGUUUGGAGGAAGCGAAGAAAAUGGGAAUAAAGAAGUCUCUAAAUUCAAACUGUCUCAAGGGCUUUUCUUUCCUAAUGAUCUACUUGUCUUAUGCUCUGGCCUUCUGGUAUGGGAGUACACUCGUCCUGAGUCAAGAUAAAGAUUACACAGUUGGAUCUAUACUUGCAGUUUUAUUUGCAUUGCUCAUUGGCGUGUUUGCAUUGGGUCAGACUACGCCUUACAUGGAGGUCUUUGUCAUUGCCCAAGGAGCUGCAUACCAAGUGUACAGCAUCAUUGACAAUAAACCGAGCAUCGACAGCUAUUCGACAAGUGGGCUCAAGCUUGACUCAAUCAAAGGAAAAAUAGAGUUCAAGAACAUUCAUUUUAACUACCCCUCAAGGCCAGAAGUCAAAGUAAGCAUUAAACAACAUACACAACUGUACAUGACUGUUAAAAGUGGACAGACCAUUACCUUAGUGGGAAGCAGUGGCUGCGGUAAAAGCACCACUAUCCAGCUUUUGCAGAGGUUCUACGAUCCUCAGGAGGGAUCAAUAUCUCUUGACGAUCAUGACAUCCGUUCUCUGAAUACACGCUUCCUGCGAGAGAUUAUUGGUGUGGUGAGUCAAGAGCCCGUCCUUUUUGCCACCACCAUAGCUGAAAACAUCCGAUAUGGCUGGACUGAUGUGACUCAGCAAGAGAUAGAACAGGCUGCCAAGGAGUCCAACGCUUACGACUUCAUCAUGGCUCUUCCGCAGAAAUUUGAGACGCUGGUCGGGGAGCGGGGGACUCAGUUGAGCGGAGGACAGAAGCAGAGAAUUGCAAUUGCUCGAGCGCUCGUGCGCAACACCAAAAUCCUUCUGCUGGAUGAAGCAACAUCUGCUCUGGACGUUGAGAGUGAAAAUAUUGUGCAGGCUGCUAUGGCUGCAAUGGUCCAAUCUGCAUCCACUUUGGGCAGCAAUAUCAUUAUGUCCUUUGUGGGUGGCUGGGAGCUGACACUGGCAAUAUUCGUGUUAGUCCCAAUCAUUGCAGUGAGUGAAACUUUAAAAGUGAAGAUAUUGGCGGGAAAAGCAGCCAAGGAUAUGAAAACGUUUGAGACGGCUGGAAAGAUUGUUACCGAAGCCAUCGAGAAUAUUUGUACAGUUGCAUCUCUGACCAGAGAACCAGAGUUUGAAUUACUUUAUGAAAAAAAGGUCCAGGUUUCAUACAGAAAUUCACAGAUAACUGCCCAUGUGUCUGGUUUGGUCUUCUGCAUAUCCCAAGCUGUGGUUUGCUUUGGUUAUGCAGGAUGUUUCGCCUUUGGAGCUUGGCUUGUUGUGCAUGGGUGGAUGGACGUUAAGGCAGUAUUUCUAGUCAAUCAAGCAAUUAUAUCUGGCUCAAUAGCUGCAGCACAGGCUCAGUCCUUUACUUCAAACUACACAGAUGCCAAAAUAUCAGCUGCUAACAUUAUGAGGCUCCUGAACACAGAGCCUGCAAUUGACAAUCUCUCACAAGAGGGACAGUCAUUGGACCAGUUUGAUGGAAAUGUGCACAUGGAUGGUGUUAAGUUUAACUACCCCUCACGGCCCAAUGUGCCCAUUCUCCAAGGGCUGAAUUUAAAGGUGAGCAAGGGAGAGACAUUGGCGCUGAUAGGAAGUAGCGGCUGUGGAAAAAGCACUGCCAUCCAACUUCUGGAGAGAUUCUACGACGCCUCCCAAGGGAAUGUGAUGUUGGAUUCUGUUAAUGUGAAAGAACUGAACAUCCAUUGGCUGAGGUCUCAGAUAGGCAUUGUGUCCCAGGAACCUGUACUUUUUGACUGCAGCAUAGCUGAGAACAUUGCAUAUGGAGACAACAGUCGGACUGUUACCAUAGAGGAGAUUCAGGCCGCUGCUAAAGCAGCCAAUAUUCACAGCUUCAUUGAAGCUUUGCCAAAGAAGUUUGACACUAAGGCAGGUGACAGGGGGACCCAUUUGUCCGGUGGGCAGAAACAACGAAUAGCCAUAGCCCGAGCCAUCCUUUGUAACCCCACACUGUUGCUUCUUGACGAGGCCACGUCUGCACUUGACACUGAGAGUGAGAUGGUGGUACAAGAGGCCUUGGACAAAGCCAGGCAGGGCAGGACGUGUAUCGUCGUAGCACACCGUCUGUCCACCAUCCAAACCGCAGACUCCAUUGCUGUCAUUGAGGGAGGGGUAGUGGUUGAACAAGGGACACACCAGCAGCUACUUGCCAAAAAGGGAAUGUACCACACAUUUGUCACCACUCAGAUGGGCCAUGGGAGGAAAUGA